CACCGCCUCCACCAUAACACCAUAACAACACCAUAACUACACCUCUGUGACACCGCCGUGACACCACCUAGGUCACCUGCCUCACUAGCGCCAUGUUGCCCUGGGUGUUGCUGUUUGCUCUGGUCGCCGCUGACCGCACCAGUGGAGCUCGUGUUCUGCCUCCUCUGCCCAUGAAAGACGGCUGCUUCGUGUUGCAAGUGGAGGCCGACGUUUUCAGGGUGGAGGGCGAGGCUGUAAUCCUCGACUUCCCAUGGUUCCACCGACAGCUGGUGGUGCGCAGUUUCCUCUUUCCCACGGGAAGCUUCCACAUCGCCAGGAGCAACGAGACGGGAGGCGUGGCCUACGAGGGUGAGGAGGGGCGUGUCCAGCAGCGGGGCCGUGAGCUGUGGCUCCUCCCAGCUCAGGCCUCAGACUCAGGAGUCUACACCUGCACCUACAGAAACGCGACUCUCUGCGUAACGAACAACGUGACGCUGCAGGUGUACGAGUCCGGCUCCGUGGACGUGGCCAACGUGUCGUACCAGAUGUCUCUUGUCCCGGGACAGCGGCUGGAGAUGGAUUGUCCGCUGCUCAGCCAGUUCAACCACACUGAGCACAUCGAGUGGUACAAGGAUCCCAGUCCGGCGGCGCUGCGUCUGGGAGCGGCAGACUCUUCCUACAGGGGCGGAGUCAUGCCGCUGGUCAUCCCCAGCGUGCAGCAGCAGCACCUGGGCCUGUACACGUGCCGGCUCACCGUGCAGGUGGACAGCCGGCCCUACAGCGCCACCUGCAGCUUCCUGCUGCGCCUCAGAGUGCCCUCCAGGCCGAAAGCUGACCUCCCUGUGACCUCUGCGCCCAGCGUCAGCCCCGCCCACGGCGCUCGGCCCCCUGUCAUUGUUUCUCCAGUGAAUGGAAGUGUGUUUGAGAGCGCGCACGGCUCAGGUGUGGAGCUCUUCUGCUCGGCUCUGACUGACUGCCAAUCAGCAGACUCCACCGUGGUCACAUGGCUGGUGGAUGGCCAAUCAGUGGAGUCGUCCUACCUGGAUAGGCGGGCCGUGCAGGGGGGACGCAGGGUAACCAGGGUGCAGGAUGGCUGCCAGGUGGAGCUGAGGCUGGUUGUCAUAGCGAUAAGAGAGGAGGACACGGAGACGGAGCUGAAGUGUGUCAGUCAAAACCGAGCCGGGCGCCGGGAGAGCGUCACACGGCUGCGGCUGGAGGACUCCAGCUUCACGUGGCUGGUGGUGGGCCUGGUGGCCGUCUCCUGCGUCCUGGCCGUGCUCUCCAUCUUCCUGUGGUCGCUCCUCAGACCCAGAGCCAAGCCGGACUACAUGCUGGCCCGGCAGAGCAGCAGCUGCUGAGCGCACACACUCCUCCGCA